AUGCCGUCUUCGAGACGUGUUCAUGCUAGUUCACCCGUGGACAAGUAUUUCCCUAGCGACAGUCUGGUGAUAGUCACACANGGAGCUGGAGUAACCAUCUUCCACCUCGCCACCGAUCGUAUCGUCAUCUGCAAAGACACACGCUCCUCUGUAUAUUUUUUGCCCAAAGGCCGCAAAGACGCUAGUGAAGAGAUCACCAUCACGGCUAUCAGAGAAGGAUACGAGGAAUCGGGGUAUAGGUGUAGGCUUUUGCCUUUGCCUGUUACUCACUUGCAACCAUCUCCUGCUGGAAAACAGGAGACAUGGGUUAUAGAGCCUAUAGCUACGAGGAUGAUGCCAGUGGCGAGAGAGUAUCAGUAUAUGCUNUUUUGGUAUGCGGCCGAGACGGUGCCGGAAGACGUUGAAGAAGCUUUGAAUAUCGCGUCUUCGCAUGGAGAAGGUUUUGCGGUGCCGGAGGCAUUUCCUGAGAACUUGACGUUGAACGAGAGGGAAAAGUUGGAUUCAAGAGAAAAUGGAGUGUAUGAGCCGAAACGACAUGAAGGGACUGGAGUUGAUGAAGACGAGGCUUUCUAUGUUGGUCAACUGGUGUCGGUGGAAGAGGCGAUCAGGUUGCUGGGUGGUACUAGCGCUGAUGUCGUUAGACGAGCUUGGGAGGCCGUUUGCUUGAGGAGGAAGAUGGAGGAGAGAGAAGUGUGA